AGUUACCAGCAAGUGAACGUGUUAUUCAGACGCGAAAAGCAGAGCUCGUUUAUUGUCUUUAUCGUUAUCAAGGCAACGCCCUGAUAAGGGAAAAUUAGCUCUAAGUUGUAUGAAAUUGUGAAAUUUUGCCAAUUUAAGUGAAGAAUUAAAAAAAGAAUUUGAAAUAAAAAUAAAGAAUUUAAAAGAAACUUUAAAAAAGUUUAAAAAAAGAAGAAAUUUCUAGAAUGAGGUGGAAAUGGAUUCUUAUAGCAUUAGUCAUUAGCUUCUCGUUAGCGAGUGCUGGUGAAGAUGGUGACACAAACAUAUCUGACAAUGUUAAUCAAGAUGACACAGAAACAACUGAGGUUCUACCUGAAGACACAGAAGUUCAUGAUGAAACAAUAAUCGACACAAAAGACGACGAUGUUUCCAAUCAGUACGAUGAAAAUCCUACGGAGGAAGGAACAAUCAAUGAAGACAUGCCAGACGUGGACGUAGAUACAGUUCAAGAUAAUUUAGAAAUUGGAAAACAGAGAGGAAAAUAUAUGAACUACGAUGACUAUUCAGCAAAUCAAUUUGAUAUCGGAUAUUCGAAUACCGACAACCGAAAUUGGGAUGAUCCAAUGAACCGUGUCGCGCCUGAUGAGCCUCCAACUCAUCGUAACGAUGGACGAGGAUACACAAUAACCCCACAACGUUUAGCUGAAAUUCGAAGACAUUUUAUGUAUUGGUUCUUUGAUCAAGGCGGUCCCGAAAAUCAAGGAGAUUUACAACGUGACAUUCAUGCUUCGAACCAGCAAGUACAUAAGAAUUUCAAUUUUCAAUUGCCUUUCUUCGGUUUCCGCUUCAAUUACACCAGAGUAUCUCUAAAUGGCUUUCUCGAAUUUUCUGAUCCACCCGAACAUUACACAUAUCCAUUAGUUUUCCCCAUCAAAGACUGGCCUCGACGAAAUGACCCUUCGUUCAUCGGAAUUUUCUUCUCAAGAUGUCGUAUUGGGAGAAUUUAUCAGACCGACCACGAUCAACGAGUGCCUGGAGCUUAUUUCAGAAUGGAACGUGAUUUGAUGACACGAACGGAUAGAUUUGGUGUUGAAAUGCGUGAACGAGUAAUGUGGGAUAUUCGAGAAGGUGUCGUAGGUUCUGACACAUUUGUACCAAAACAUGCUAUUACAAUUACAUGGAAGAACAUGAGUUUUGCUGGUGGAAUUGACAAUUCGUUGUUCAGAACAAAUUCAUUCCAAAUGAUUUUGGCAACUGAUGAAGUUUACACUUACGCAAUCUUUAAUUAUGCUGACAUUACAUGGUCAUCACACACUGAAGCAGGUGGUGAUACAACUGGUGGUGAGGGUGGUGUGCCAGCAUAUAUCGGAUUUAAUGCCGGAAACGGUACACAAGCAUAUGAAUAUAAACCAUACAGUCAAGCGUCAGUGCUUCGUGAUUUAACUGGUCGUGGUUGGGCGAACGGAUUCCCAGGUCGACACAUAUUUAGGAUUGACGAGAGAAUUAUGUUGGGAACUUGUAACAAAGAUAUAGACGCAGCACAUUUGCCUCUGGUAUUUGCGCCUGAGUCAGGAAACAUGUUAGGAGGGACGAUAGUUAACAUCACUGGUCCAUGCUUCUUACCAACAGACAGAAUUUCAUGUCGAUUUGAUACAACUGAAGUUGUUGGAACUUUCGUAGAUACAAACCGUGCCAUUUGCGUUCAACCACCGUUACUAAUCCAAGGUUAUGUGCGGUUUGAAAUAAGAAUUGGAGCUGAAACUUACAAAUGGAGAGGUCAAUACUUUGUUGAAACGCCAGCAACUGCAACGGACAGAAUUUUCUUUGAAACUCAAGACGUUAAUGACAGAAAUCCAUCGGAAAUCAAAAUUACAUGGAAUCGAUUUAAUUUGACUUCAAAUUUCAAUGCACAAAUCAGAAUAUCACUCUACGGUUACAGAGAAUCAACAAUUGUACCGCAAUUAGAAUAUAUUGAUGUGCUUCAAGAUACUCUUACUAAUACUGGAGUGUACACAAUUGUUCCAGCAGAUUAUCGUUUGAGAGACAACAGAAACACAAGUGAUUUGCAAUUUGGAUUCAUUCACAUCAGUCUGGUUAAUCCUGAACAGUUUAAUGGAUUAUCAAUAUCACCUGUUUUAUGGUCAAAGCCGAUUCCACUUGCAUGGUAUUUCGGUCCACAAUGGGAACGUCGUCAUGGAAUGAAUUGGCCAAGGGCGCUUUGUGAUAAUUGGCUUCGAUUGGAUCGUUUCUUGAGAAAUUUCGCUCAUGAAGUUCCGAUUUGUCCUUGCACACUUGACCAAGCUUUAACUGACAAAGGUAGAUACAUGCCAGACUUUGAUUGUGAUCGUGAUGCAAAUCCAACUUGUAUGCAUCAUCGCGGUGGAAUUCAUUGUGUAAGAAGUGGAACGCCAACGCAACAAGGAUCGGAACAACAAUGUUGUUAUGAUCGUAACAGAUUCCUUAUGUUGUCUCAUGAUCAAAUGUGGGGAUCACGACCAAGACGUACUCACAAUGUUGGCUCUCAUCCAUGGAAUGAAGCUGGUAAAGUUCCAACUUUAUCUCAAUGGUUCCAUGACGUUCGCGCUUAUUAUUCAUGUUGUCGAUGGCAAGGAGAGCAAGAAGUUGGCUGUGAAACUUUCCGUUUCGAACGUCGACCAUCACAAGAUUGUGUUGCUUAUCAAGCACCUGGAGUGGCUUUUUUUUUUGGUGAUCCACAUAUUGUGACAUAUGACAAUCUUCAAUACACUUUCAAUGGUAUGGGAGAGUUUGUCUUGGUUCGUGGUGCUGCUGGUUCGCAAAAUAUUGAUGUGCAAGGAAGAUUUGAACAAGUUCCAAGGAAUCUUCAUGGACCUGUCAUGGCUACACAUUUAACGUCAAUCGCAACACGUGGUGGUAACACAACUGCAAUUGAAGUUCGCAUACGUCCAAGAGAUGCCCAAUGGCGUUAUCGUUUGGAUGUUUUCGCUAAUGGUCGUCGAAUUUAUUUCGAUCGUCAAAGUUUGAAGUUCCAAUUCUUCCAAGGUGUCACUGUUUACACUCCAUCGUACAUCUUAAAUCAAUCUGAAGUCGUCAUCAUGUUUGCAUCUGGUGCUGGAGUUGAAGUUGUUGAAAAUGCUGGCUUUAUGACAGCUCGUGUUUAUUUACCUUGGCAAUUCAUAAAUAAGACUCGUGGAUUAUUUGGAAAUUGGAGUUUUGAUAUGUCAGAUGACUUGACACGACCAGAUGGUACGAUUGUACAAACAAAUUUGAAUAAUUUCGAGUCAGUUCAUCGUGAGUUUGCUAUGAGAUGGAUGUUGUCAGAUCGUGAAACGCCAGGUGUUGGCGCAGGUUUAUUCACAAGAGAAUUUGGUCGAACGGCGAGCUAUUACGCUAAUGCAACUUUUCUUCCCAACUUUAUACGUGAACCACGUGACUUCUUACCAGCAAAUCGUUCACAAGAUAUAGAAAGGGCGCAUGAUUUAUGUGGUGAAUCAUAUCAAUGUCGUUUUGAUUACGGCAUGACGUUGCAUCGAGACAUGGCACAUUUCACAAGAAAUUAUUAUGACAGUGCUGUAAAUAUAGCAAAGAAUAAUCAAGAACGAAUUCUUUCGUGUGGAAUUCUUGAAACUCCACGUUUCGGACGAAAGUCAAACUUCCAAUUUACGCCUGGCGCUGUUGUUACAUUUGAAUGUAAUGAAGGUUUCUUCUUGAAUGGAGAUCGUCGUAGAACAUGUGAAGAAGAUGGAACUUGGGAUUUGCCAGAACACGGUUAUACUGAAUGCAUACGUGAGGUUUUCUUUACGCGUUACAUCGUUUGGAUUGUAAUUCUUAUCGUUCUUCUUGUUAUCUUGCCAAUGAUAAUGUGCAUUGUAUGUGUUGUCUAUCAAUAUCGCAAGAAACAAUUGGAGAAGGAUCCAAAUUACGUUUUGCCUAUCCCACAUUCGAGAUCCGGAUCACGAACAACUCUUAAAAAUAUGAACAGUGAUGGAAGUGAAGGAGAUGAUAAUUCAAUUAAAAAAGUUCGCCGCUAUGAUGCUUCUUAUGACACACACGAACCCUUAAAAAAUAAGCCACCAGUUGAAUUUGAUCCAUCGAAGAAAAUGGAUUUAGAUGAAGACGACAUCACGAGCAGCGAAGGUUCGAACGGUACGGAUCAGCGUCAAUUAGGACGGAGAUCACAACGGUUGGCAUCAGAUUAUAAACCAAUAGAAGAAGAAGACUCGCGAUACCCUCCACCUCCUAUUGAGUCCCCACAACCUUAUAAUGACGGCAUGUAUAGUCCCACAUUUAGUAACCUUGACCGUGCCAGUUUCCUUUCCGAUCCAAAUCAAUCUCCACCACCAACAGGAGCCAUCAGGGUCUUGCCACUUAAUCAACAACAAGAUCAAUCACCUCUUCUACAACAAAAUCAGAACAAUUCCAGAUUUUAUGGUGAGCCAAGCAGAUCUCCACCACCACCAUUAACACAGAAUGUUGGUCUUCCGCGACCCAACGAUGGACGCUCUACAGAAGUUUGAGUUAAAAAAACCAAAAAAGAUUAAGAAGAAAAACACAAAAUCAUUAAUAAAUUAAACCAACUUUCCUUCCUUUUUAUAAUUUAAUAAGGGAAAGAUGUUAGAUGUUAGGAAAUAUUAGAAUUUAAUUAUCAAACAUGAGCAUCUGCAAAACUUUCAUUAAUUAGUCCAUAUUCCUGAAUUAAAACCCUAAGCGAUAUGAAGUGACAAAAGAGUUUUCCAUAAUAAAUGAUAAUUUUAGUGACCAAAAGUCCAUUUUCACUCUGCUUUUUCAUUAUGUUCAUCCGGACACCGUAAAAAGGGAUUAACAAGCAAACGUUUUGAGUUGAAUACACCUGAGCUUAGGGUCGUAUAACCCUGAAGCUUUGCAGCUCCCUCAGUUUCUCCUUAUUUAGAAUUUAUUAAUAAUUGUAAGCUUCUUAAUUACUUUUAAAAUUUUUAAUUAAAAAGUUCCAGUAUCAUAUUUAUGCAAGAUUUGCUUUGCAGAGAAAUAUUUUCCUUCGACCUUUAACACAUGCUAACAUACUGACAUCAAAACUGGAAGAUAAAAAGCUUACAACUUUUACUUUCAUUUUAUUUUACUUUUGUUUGUUUUUAUAUGUAUCAACACCUUAAGCAUAGUUAAGCAUGUUUUCAUAAACUUUGGCAUGUUUCCUCCACAUGUUAGUCAAAGAGAUUUUUUUUUGCUGAAAGGUUCACAUUCUAAAAUUCGAAAAGCAAAAUCACUUGGAAUUUUGUUAAGAUGAAAUAUCAGAAUUGUUGAUUUUAAAUUAAUUCUCAGAAGCAUAACAGAAUAGGAACGAUAAACAUAAAAUUAUUUACAAACUGUUGAACCAUCCAGUUGUUUUAAUUUAUAAUUGUGAGUAAAUAAAGCCAUAAAGUAAAACAAAAUUUAUAAUGC